AAAUAUAUUGUUUAAUUUGGGAAAACCAGUUAAACCUUGCGGUUAAUAAAGCGCUGAAUUAAAACACGAUUGUUAUCGUGUUUGAAACAUUUUCGCAUGAGGUCAGUCGCACGCGAUUCUUGGACGUUACACGAGAGGAUUACGUCAACUAACCGUUGCGCUUCCAGUCUAUUCACUUAAACGAACGCUUCCUUAGCCGGUUUGUGCUCGAAAUUAGCGCACAGGGCACGACUCCGCUUAACGACGAGCGCGGGACACGCGUUUCUUUGUCGUACAAGGAAGCGGAAUUUCAUUAACGCGACUCCGCGUCUGUGAGUCAUCUUGUGCGACAAUGUCGCGAAACCGUUUGCAACACACUAUAUGACCCGAUGAUAUAAUCGCCGGUUCGCCUUUUCAUGUCAUAUAUUAGCUGCAUAUUAGGCUCAUCCGUUAGUGGUUAUGACUCAAGAAACUUAAUUUUUCAUUACUCGCUUAGAGCUGCAAUUGGGUCGGCGACAUUAUUAGUAACAGCGGCAACAUCUUCGAUGCGCAUACCGUUUUUACUCGCGGAAUGUCAGCGUGCAAUCAAAUAGCGAUACGCGCGGAUAACGUCCAAAACCGUUAAGCGAUAUUACACCGGAUGCAGCGAGGAUAUCGUACUUAUUCCAUAUGUUCCCUUUACUUUCUAUCUAAUUAAAAGCUGCCACGCUACGAAGCAGUAGUAGCAAUAACGCAACUCUGACUUAUCCAAUUUCUACUUAUUUCUCUAUUUUCGUUGCUCGUCACGUUCUCCGACGUUUUCUAGCCCGAUCGGUCGAUCAUCGCUCGUACUUGGUGCCCGCUCGUUACACAAAGCAAUUUCGUUGUACCCUAGAUUGAGUCUCAUUAAUUAAUUCCUGCGGUUGACUAGCGACAGAUCUCGCUUAAUUCCGUUCUUCUUCACUCAAUAUGGAAGUAUAAAUAAAUAAUACUGAACACCGUUGCUGGCAGAAAUACUUUGCAACGCUUCGUUUACUUCACGAAGCGUUGCAUCAUUGUUUGUCGAUCGAAAGAUCAAUGACUGCGGCUCGUCCCCCGCGAUGAUCCCGCACAAAACAACCCAACAGCGGACUAAAACCGUUAAUCCUGUGUACUACAGGGGUGGCACGAGAGGACGAGGCUGGUUCCCUGUGUUUUCUCUUUCUUUACACCCCCGCAAAGUCGCUCGCGGCGAUCCUAUACGUGCGAAACGCGACAGAUGCGGCGCCUCCCCAACCAUUAUGGGGUACCGAGGCCGAGGGUACACGAAGAGAGUAUCUUGUGGCCACCCUCUCGUUUAACUUCGUUAAUCCGAUUGUUCCUAGAUGUGCUGUCGCGCGGUCGCAUUAAAAGCGCCGCAAUGGGAAUAUACACUUGUCAUCGUAGGGGGUCCCAUACCGUUCCCUCCCAAACUAACUGUACUUUAAGAAGCUUAGAUUCAGCAGCGCGCAUGGCGUUUUACCGAAACGGCUUUGCCCUACCCCGUUCAGGGAUCCUCCGAAUGUCCGGUCGCAAUACUUCCGUGAAAUGCGUUAAUGGAGCGGCGAGCCGAAGCAUAUGAAUCACAUCAUCAAAGUAUAUGACGACAUUUCGCGUCGCCCCGCUAUCGCCGGCUGAGCUGCUCGGAUUAACAGUACCGAGAAGGUUCGAGCAUUCACCGUGAAUCCUCAUCGUCAGAAAGGAGGGUCACAAAGGCUACGUCGAGGGAGCCGGGAGAUUGGGAUAAAGAUCUCGUUCCUCCAUCAAGCGCGUACCUGCGUACGUUCUUUCCUUGAAUUCUAGUUGAUCUUCAUUCCGUUCGUGGCACGAGCCUCAUUUCAAAAAGCUCCUUGGGAAAUGAUAGAUGCAUCCUCCCGUCGUUUUAUUACGGCGGAGGUAUUUCUGCUAUGUAAUUAUGACGAAAUCCUGUAACGCCCUCGUGCACGCAAUGUUGAUCGCGAUGCAACGCUGCGCCAGACAUUUGCACGAGUUAAUCUGAUCUGCGCGAACGUACGACGCAACAUCGUCACGAUUUCUUAUCGUGAUAUACACGCUAUCAGAGCCUCAUCGUUAUCAUCCCGCAGUGCGAAUCACGAGCGCAAUCGAGGCGAUUAGGAGAACUCGCGGCAGGGUUCGACGACCCUCAUCACGCCGUUAGUUAUGCGCUCCUAAUCGUCAUUCCGAAUCGCGUGUGGAUAGUAGUUUAAUAUACCAAUUGUUUACCGCGCGUCGGUGCAUCACGUGCACGCAAGGUGUUCUCCAUAAUUACGUUAACUAUGCGCACCUCAGAGUUGCCUUCCGUACAAGAUGCACUUGGUGUGCUCUCUCGUUCUCUCUCUCUUUCUUCCUUUUUCUUUCUCCUUCGCCCUUUUUCUCGUCAUACCUCUCUGUCAUUCCUGCCUCGGGCUGUGUACGCGUUAUUAUUAUUUCAGCAUGACGAGAGGCUCGCGCAUAUUGCCAUCUUACGUAACGCACAUAAUGGUGGAGGGCAAAACAGAAAGACAGAGAGAAAGAAAGGCAGUGCGAGUGAGACGUGGCGAGGGUGGGAGAGCGAGAGGUAGGAGGGGAAGAACCGGCGGGCCUAGGAUAGGAUAGGAGAAAGGACGAAGAGUGGAACCAUCUGCAGAGAGAAAGAGAGAGAGAGAGAGAGAGAGAGAAAGAGAUUGCCUCCUAGGACUAGGUAGCUCGGCAAAGAUCACGGCAUCGGGCGUGGGAACAAGGCCCCUCCUGCUAGGAGGCUUAGCCUGCGUUGUGCAGACGCGAGCGUGCGCGCCGCUACUCCGCACGCGGAGAAGAUUACCGGCAACUUCCUCGGCCUGCUGCUUAACAGUACCUCGAGUGCCUUAUCGGAGCGGUCCGUAACCCCUCGCUCGAACUCGUCCUUACGUAGGCGCACACCAGGCGCACGCGACCGCAGCCUGUUGCGUCUCGCCUCCAUCCUCCCUCAUUUUUCCACGCCGAUACGUCCAGCAUCGCGUGAACGACAUCGGAGAGACGUCCUUUAUUUACUCCGGCUCUGAUAUUAAUUUACAAAGAGACAUUGUCAUGAAGCGUAAAGAUACGAUUAUUAUCCGGACAUAAUCCAUUAGCGCAUAUAUAAUUCGUUAUUAAUAAAAUUUUUAUUAUGUUAUAAUAAAAAUUUAUUUGUAAUAUUAUACUAAAAAUACUUUACAGAAUCUAGUUUGAAUAAUGAGAAAUGAAAAAGGGAUGUUUACAGACUACUGCCUCGUUGACUUCCAAUCGUUGUUUAUUUAACUGAAAUUUCAAUGAUGUCGUUUUGUAUCACGGUUCAUCGAACUUGAGACUAAAGCACACCAGAGAGAAUUAUUAAAGAGGAUUAGCGUCGAUUAUGGUGGUUUAUCAGACUAUACGGCACGUUCAUGUUUUUCUACACGAUUGAUAACAGUCGAUGCAGAAAUAGAUUUGAUUGUAGUCAAUGAGCUGAAAGGGGAAGACGAAGCUCGGUCAAGGCUUCCUUUAUUUACAUCAUGCAAAGUGCAUCGCGUUCACAUCGCCGCCGAGGCGAUCGGUGCUCUUGCGCGCGUUCUCGCAAAAGCGCCUGUCCCGCGCCGAUUACUUUCACUUCGGUACGAUAAUAGUUGCGGAUCAAUUGGAAUUACUUUGACACACACGGCAUAAACGCAUCGAGACUUCACGAAUGUCAGGAAUUUUACAUCCGAAAGUAUAAAAGGGCAUAUUUUUUAAUUAGAAAAAUUAUCAUAAAAAAAUCGCCGGUAAAAAUAGGAAUGACGCACGCCGCUGGCCACAAGAACAAAGUAAAGGGAGCCACUCAAGUGGCAAUAAUUAAUUCAAAUUCAAUUUCCGAUUCAACGAACUUUGUCCUCGAGAAAAACGUGCAAAGUUCUCAUCAGCAUAAGCGACAUUUAAUUCACCGCGUAUUUUCAGAUGCACAUUUAGGAUUUUUCGUUUGCGGAACCACAACGCAGUCCUGAUAUCCCGAUAGUCGCGGUUGUCUUGCCGCCAAUUUUCUUGCACUGUUCGUACCAUCUGCUACUUUGUCACUGGAAGUCGCACUGGGAAACGAGAUUUUAAUUAAAGUCGGUCCCGAGGACGCAGCAUCGCGGCCACUCAUCAGGCCGCGUCGAGAUUCAGCAUGUUGCGCGUCUACGAGAUGCACUUCCGCGCAAAUGUGUGUCACGGGUUUCCCACGAGAUGCACCGGCGAACGGCGGCAUAGGCGCGGGUAUAGACCAAUUACUGCAGAGAUUCGCGCGUCGGCUCCCGCGAUCUGCAUGUGAGCACUGAUCGAUGGUUCCCGCUCGAGUGAGUCCCCGAAAGAACGCACGCGUUAAGCUCGUAUCAGACCACGCAUUGCAGAUUGAGAUUUCGAUUUGGUAAUGGAGGUUCGAUAGAAACCUUUGUUGUUCGCUGCAUUUCAAUUGGUCGAAUCCCAAUCUUCGAAUUACGAUCUCAACGUCCCACGUUUGCACCGGACUAUGGUCUGAUGCGGACUCUAAUCACGACAUCGCGCUGUUAAAUCGCCGACAAUUAUUCAGCAAAUCACCGAUCCACGCAUAACUGUUCAGGCGACGCGUUACAUCGCGAUUAAUCGUCGCCUCUAAGUAGUCCAAGCUGAAAUUGUUGCCAGAGGACAUCAGUGCAUCUCGCAUCGUCGGUGCUUUCAGCCGUUGCCCUGAAAGUGUUUCUUGCCUGCGGCAAGCCGCCGACAGUGGCGAAUAAGCGGCCGAUCGCGACCGAGGGGUAAAUGGAGUCAUGGUUUGUACGUCGAGGCCAACAAGAACACCGGCGCGAGAUGCAACGGUAUACGUCAUAACAUUCCCACGGUGAAUCGGCCGGGCGUUUCUACUAACCAUGGUGCGUCGGGGAUUCACGUCUUGCCGUGACUAAUCGUGACUAAACACGACGCUUCCAAUCCCGCGGGAUUGCACUUUCCACGCUUUGCCUGCUUUCCCGUCAUCUAGAAAUUACGCUUAUACCGUAUCGCCGUGACUUUCAGCCGGUCAUUUAUCAUUCAUUUUCGAGUCCCCAAUCAAGACCUCGCAAUUGUAAUGUUCUGAGCUGAUCUGAAUGCAGACUUUAAUUACAUCCUUGGUCAAAGACAUUGAAAAGAAGUACAUCAUUCGAAAUAUUUGUUUUCUGCGAUUCCUCAAUAACCUUCUUUGUAUCCCCCGCAUUAUACAAUAUGAAGAUAAUUUUGUUAACUGAAAACUCACGGAAAUAAAUGGGCAUAAAUUUUAAAGUUUCUCGGAAGUCAUAUAUUUCGCUUGUUUUUGAGGUUGACACUUGACUGUACGCGUAUAUUAAUGGUUUUAAUAUGGAAAUGGGGUAUUCCAUCGUCACGCAACUUGUGCGUUCUGAUUCCUAGAUCAGUCUUAAUUAACAGCGCAAUAAUGUAUUCGUAGCAGCAAUGAUCAACGACAAGACACACGAGUUCUAGGAACGAACUCGAGUCCGGGUGAUCCCGGAUUUCGCAAUAGUGCCUCACAGCGGGCAAUUCUCUUUCGGGUGACUGGUCGAAAACUACGCAAGAACGGGUCAAAGAAACGGACGGAGAGAACGCACGGAGUGGCGACAUGACACGCAAUCGGCCUGCUCCCGCGCUCGUCGUUACAAUCUCCGGAUCAUAACACCAUGUUCUCGUAAAAUCUUGGAAAUGUGCGUGCGUUACUUUUUACGCCGUCACAGUGCGCGCUGCGUAACGGUAAUGUGGUUCCCCACAGCGAGCGGAAAAAAAGGGUACUUUGUCCGCGAGCGGAAUUAGAAAUUACAAUUAGCGCACAAACGCGUUUUCUAAUGCGCGCCUUACCAGGAGCGUGAGAAACUGAACGGUCCGCGAAUUUUUACCGGCACGCACCGAUAGAUUGCAAUUAUUCAGCCGAUCACGACGCGACGCCGUGUGUUCGGUUUUAGUGCGUCAGUAGAUUAAUCGCCGCUGAAAUUAGCAUCCGGUGGCCGUGCAGUUUCUCAUCACGCACCUUCGCGGCUUCGCGUGAUCCUAACACGUAGACUGAAGACUCUCACGACAAAUCAUGGGUAUUUACAUUUAGAAUGUAGCGUUAAAAACGAAAUCCGUCUUGCCAUAAAAGCGUGUGAAAUUUUCUGAAAUCAUCUAAAAAUCGCGUUUGCAUCGUUUCUGUGACACAAAAAAAAGAAAACAUUUUUAAUGUAAUUUUUCAAGACCACAGAUGUCUACGCGCGCGCACAGGAACGUAAAUAUCUUGAUAAGAAAUUACGACGAAUAAUAAUUACGAGUUCUUAUGAAUAAUAGGGUGCAUAAUAAGGAGCGAGCGAGCUUUUACAAGACGUGGCAAUUAUAAUAGCAGACCAUCUGCUAAGCUAGGGUGUAAGAACAACAGAAGGUGGAAUAUUCUCUACUUAUACUUCCCUCUACGUUGUAAUAUUAUAAAUUAAAUUUAAAAUUUCUCAUUUUCUGUGCACUGUACAGCAUGCUUUAUGCAACAUUUCUUUGUCACGCUCGAUUGCAGCACUACGUAAUAUAUUUUACCGUCAGUAACCCAGUGAUAUCUGGGUUGAACUGAAGCCGCACCACUUCUCUUCUACAUACGUAUCUUACAGAGGAAGCACAGAAAGUUCGCGAUAAAGUUACUGAGGUCGACUUCCUUCCUCGUGUUUCCUUCCUCGUAUUGUUAUAACGGCGGUUUCGGGUGCAUCCGUUUUGCGGAGAAAGCGGAUCGCCGGGCGUACUUUAAUACUUGGCAUCCGCGCGGGCCGCUUCCGGUGCGAAACGUGCGGUUUCCGGCGCACGUAGAAUAUCGGCUACGCGCCUUGGCAUAUCGAUAGUCAGUAAGAACGAGACUCUCGCGAGCGCCGGUCGGAUCGACGCAGCACUCCCGGUUUACUUUCAAACCGGGCAUCUCGAGAACAAAGACCUCUAUCUCAUUAAUACCACGAAACGCCCCACAAUUCAUUUAUGAUCGCCAACUGAUUAAUACUAACUAUCGCAUGUGCAUCGUAUUCUACGAGUGAUUAAUUAAAGUGACAUCAAUUAGACGUAUAAUAUUUUCGAUCGUAAUAGUGACAAAACGGCGAUGAUGAUCAUCCAAGAUUGCGCGUAAAUAUUAAUUAACGUCAUUGAAAUCAAACGGCUGAUUAUUCCGAGGCGCCAGGAAACAUUCAAUUUCAAGAUUCUCUCUUUAUGGUGGUACCAGCUGAAGCGUCUACCUUCGCCGAUCGCCUGGAAGCGUCCUGGGAGUAUCCCCGCAUUCCGGAUCGGCGAGCUGGCAUUAUGAAAUACCGAAGUGGAAACGCUCGACGGGUUCUGACGAGAGCGCCCAGAUCUUCGAGCGCGGGUACCAACAAUCUGCCGGCGUUGACGUUUCAUCACGUGCACGGUGACAAUAUCAGGCUGUGUAAUGGCUGCACAAUCGCCAGGAGACACGAGAGCUUCUGCAAGGGUGUCACCUUUAGCGGCAGGCCCGUGCGAGUGGGCGAGAAGGUCUGCGUGAAGUUCCUGGAGAUCUCCGACAACUGGAGCGGCGUGAUUCGCUUCGGUUUCACCAGCAACGAUCCGAUCAAUCUGCGAAACGGUCUACCUAGGUAUGCCUGCCCGGAUCUGACGAACAAGCCGGGCUACUGGGCUAAGGCCCUCGCCGAACGGUUCGCCGAGCGAGACACGGUGCUGUUUUACUACGUUACGUCGGCCGGCGAUGUGCACUUUGGCAUAAAUGGCGAGGAGAAGGGCCUCUUCUUCAGCGGUGUCGAGACCCGGGGUCCGCUGUGGGCGAUUAUCGACGUCUACGGCAACAGCACGGCGAUCGAGUUCGUCGAUCCGAAUCGCCAACACUUUAACAACAUCCGGCGCGGCGCCGAGCACAGUAAUGAAGACAAUGCGCAGCACAGCAGGCACUCGGCCAUGGAUGAUGCCAGCAACGCCGGCCGGGAUGUCGAGAGGAUCAUCGUGCCAUCCAUGCAGAGCAUGUCGAUUCAUCAUGAACCCGAUGUCGAACUACCCGGGCUCAGGUUUCAACCCUCUGGCAUCAUCUUUACUCCACUACCUUUCCACUCCACUCGGGGCAGGAACAUCCGCUUCAGCAACCAGCAGUGCGUGGCGACGCGCACCGACACGGAAUUCUGUCACGGCUACGCGUUCACGAGCCGGCCGUUGCUGCUGGGCGAGCGACUGGUCGUGCAGAUCCUCUCGACGGAACCGAUGUAUGUCGGCGCCCUCGCCCUCGGUCUGACUUCAUGCGACCCGGCGCGCCUCACGGCGGAAGAUCUGCCGGAUGACAGCGAUCUACUGCUCGACCGUCCGGAAUACUGGGUAGUUUCCAAAGAUGUGGCGUCGAGUCCACAACCCGGCGAUGAGAUCGCCUUCACGGUCACGCACUACGGCGAAGUGCAGAUGAGCAAGAACGGCGGGCAACCCAAUGUCGUCAUGCACGUCGAUCAGAGUCUUCAACUGUGGGCGUUCGUUGACGCCUACGGUAGCACCCAACGGGUCAGAAUGAUGUCCAGCAGGCUGACCUCGCCACCCCGGCAGCGUCAGACCAAUCCCUCAUCAACCAACAUCAUGCAACAACAGCAGCAACAGCAACAGCAGCAGCACUCGAAUCACAGUAACGCUGCAACAGAACUCUCCAGAUUCUCCGAGAUGGUACAGCUAAAACCGAUCGUGGGCGGCGGCACCGUGCUCGUCGUGAAUCUUCCACCCCAGGCCGGCUACACGACUUCCACACCACCCACGCCGCAGCCGAUCUACGCGUCCGGGGCGCACAGGAACCCGCAGCCACCGCCACCGCAACCCGUACAUCUCUCCGCGGCCGCAUCGCCGGUCCCGCAUCCCGGAUCUUCCCGGCAGUCCUCACCACCACUGACCGGUACCAUGGCAAGUACUGGUUCGUCCACAUACGUCGAUCCAGUUACCUAUCAGAGUCUGGACAGCACCCUGACCUCGUCGCAUUCAGCGGCGGCGUCGUCCCACCUGCAGCAGUGGAGCGAGAGCCUGCAACCGACGCUCUCUGGCCAACCGAGCGAGUGCUCCAUCUGCUACGAGCGCAGCAUCGACAGCGUACUCUACAUGUGUGGCCAUAUGUGCAUGUGCUACACCUGCGCGAUCCAGCAGUGGCGCGGCAAGGGCGGCGGCCACUGCCCACUCUGCCGGGCGCAGAUCCGCGAUGUCAUCCGUAUUUACCGAUCCUAA